AUGAACUCUGAAGGACAUCCGGCUCGAAAUGGGCAGGCGGUCCCUCAAGGUUCAGAACAGCCGUAUCCACAGAAAUUUCCUGGUAAGUGUUUCUUUAUUUUCAACUGAAACUAUUCUUUUUCAGGACCAACUGCGUCAUUCCGGCUAAUUCCACUUCAGGGACCAUUCAUGACGUCUGCAAAUGGAUUUCAACAACCGGUCCCCAGUCCACGUGAGCGAAUUUACCGCUGAAAUCAGCUCAUUUUCGUUUUUUUUUUUCCAGAGAACAUGCAGAUAAUGGCGACAAACUUGAAUACAGUCAUCGAGGAUGGCCGCCGAAAGGACGAGGCGUUGUAUGCGGCUCGGAACAAUAUUGUGAAUCUGAACAACGAGCUGGAGCGAGCCCGUGCGGCUCUGGCAGCUGAGCGCGAGUCGAAAAGGAGUUGUGUGGAGGAGAUGGAGGCGAAAAACAGAGUUCUCGGUGAGUUGAGCCCUCUAAAUCUGAUCGACACUUCUUGUUUGUUUCCAGAGGCAAAGGUGAUUGCGAACGAGGAGCGAAUCAUUGCAAAAGAGAGAAACGAUUUGAUAAAGGACGAAUUAUUGGCGUCCUCUUUUCAAAUGUUAGCGGCGGCGAGGAAAGAGAAGGAUGCGAUGGAAGUGGAGAAUGCAAAGAUUUCCGAAGAAAAUACAAUGUUGAGGAAGACGCUCGAGAUGUACGAAACGCGCAGAGCUAACGGUAAGCGUCUACAAAAGUUUGCGCUCCAGACACGGAUUGCACCCGUUCGUUCAAAGUCAUGUAUCUCAGUUGUUUGUAGAGAUAUCAAAAAGUUGCUAAUUGAAAAAAUAUACAUAAACUCUUGAUGAGUAUUUUGUUAGUUGACAACUUCUUGAAAUCUCAACCGACAGCUGAGAUAUACCGUUUUGAAUGUAGAGUAUACUUUCAGAAAAGCAGCCCCAGGCCCAGUCGGUUCCAGAAAACGUGCCGGCUAGGGUAAACAUCAAAAGGGAUCCGGAACCGGAGUACAUAACCAUUGAGGAUGAUGAUGAUCAUGAAGACCCAGAUUUGAAGCCCAUUCCUCAGGAUUACGAUCAUUCCGAGACGGGACCGUCUACGUCUUCCAGUAGCGGCCUAAAAGGCGCGUACUUCAACCAUGGUUGGGAGCCCGUUCCCGUUCAUCUCAACCGUAAACCCCAUUCUCCGCAACCGCCCAACAUGGCUCCGUCGCAACUAUUCGGCGCCGAUUACCGACAACAAACGAAGACGCCGCGAGCCGACGAUGAGGAAGAGGAGCCGUCGAAGAAGAGGGGAAGAGGACGGCCGCCUGGGACCAGAGCCACUAGCAAAAUGGUCUUCGAGGGUAAUCCGGAGAUGUCGGAGAUGUUCCGAGCGGCCAGCGAACACGUGAACAGCCGUCAGUUGUACGGGAAUGAGAGAGCGGGUUAGUCUUCUUUUAGAUACUGCUAACCCUUGAAUUUCUAUCAAAAACACUCUUUUCUUCACUUUUCUUGUUCGAAACUCGUAAACGGGACACAUUAUCCGAAAGUACCGUUUCAUUAGCAUGUCAUGAGUGAAUAAUUUUGUGAGAUCUUACUUAUUCAAAUGGACAACGACUGCUCGUUCAGGCGACCGUCGCAGUCUGUUCAACCCGCAACUCUUGCAAAUUCCGCAAACGAUCAAAGAAGUGCCCAAGUCGUUCCACCUUUUCCGAUCGUGGUACCUGAAGCAGAACCCCGGAAGAGAUGAUAUUUGUGGUAGUGGUGCUCCUCAAACUUAGACCCUCAGUUUCCUAAACGUUUUCAGCGGACGUCUGGCGGUCCGACGAGGACCAUCGAGAAUGGAUCCGCUUGUAUCACAAGCUGGUCAAAGAGCAGAAGGUUCAGUUGGACAACGGAUGGAUCGAGUUUGAGGCGAAGAAGCACUUUCCAUAGGUUUUUUCCAUCUUUUUUCGUUUCUUUUCUUCAUUCAUCGUGCGCUAGUGUGUCAAUUAAUAAAAUUGCAUUUGGUUACUCUUAUCUUUUGUUUGCUCACGCUUGUGAUUGAUAGAAAGUGUUUGAAUCCGUUUCGUUACCACAAAAUGUCACUUAACUGCCAAAAAACGACAUUGCUGUUUCGCAAUUUCUCAAUUUUAUCCUUUCAACAGUUCUAUGUCUUUUAUGCCUUUUUUUAUUCAUGUCUUUUAUGUCUUUAUGUUUUUAUUUAUCUCAAUUUUAUGUCUUUCCACGGGCCGCGUCGUAAAAUCACAAGUAUGAUAUAAACUUUACGGUUUCACUGGUUCAACAUGUUAGAGCACAGGCUCACAGAGCUCUCUAUUUAUGUAGCUAAUUCUUUCGGUGCAAACCAUCAAAUGUGUCCUGACUCGUCUCGACUUGUCAAGAUCAAAGUACAGUAUGAAGAAACAUAAUUGUAUGUUCGUCACGGAUCAUGUGGCAGUGUAAUGAUCCACUCAACAACCAGUCUUACUCCAAAGUCAUUAUAACUCCUCAAUUUGAAGUUAUUAUGUCUUUCCGCAACAAUGAGGACCAAGGACAUUUCUGACUUUUAAGUGCACAAACAUGUCAUUAAAAUCGAGUUCUUGAUAAUUACCCUGGGACCAAUAUAAAGGUCCCGUCUAACUCCUAGAAGGCACUUGCAUCUUUCCCCAACAUCCUCAAACUACUGCUACUGCGACUUCCCCACUUCCCAAAAAAAAUACCCUUUGAGAUCAACGGGGGUUACGGAACACGACAUUGGUGCAUCGUCCGGGAACAAUGUCGUGUUCCGUAACCCCCGUUGAUCUCAAAGGGUAUACACAUGAUCCUUGACGAACAUACAAUUAUGUUUCUUCAUACUGUACUUGGAUCUUGACAAAUCGAGACGAGUCACGACCAGGGGUGUGCGGAAAAUAUUUCGAUUUUCCGAAAUUUUCCGAUUUUCCGAGAAAUUUUCGGAAAAUUUUCCGAAAAUUUUCGGCAAAAUUUUCGGAAAAUUAGUGUGGAUUCAAGGUCAAUUUGUCCGAAACCACCGUAUGCUUUUUAAAGGCGCAUCAAAAAAAAUUUUCUGUACUCCCGCAACGACUGCAGAAACGGAGCGACUCUUUUCAACCGCGCGUCUCAUUCUCACUGACAAUCGGAAAACACUGGACCCGGAGAGCUUCUCUCGGCUAAUUUUUUUGCAAAAAAAUAUUCCAUUGCUUGGCUUCCGCCCACUCAAGUGAUUUCAAAUCAUAAUAAGCAUUUUUUUGUAUUAGAACGUUGUUUAAACACUUUAUUGAACCAAUGAACAAGUGAGUUUUCCGAUUUUUCCGAUUUUUCCGAAAUUUUCCGAAAAAAAAAUUCGGAAAACCCGAUUUUCCGAAAUUUUCCGAAAAAAAAAAUUCGGAAAAACCGAUUUUUCGAAAUUUUCCGAAAUUUUCCGAAAAAAAUUUUCCGCACACCCCUGGUCACGACACUCCCGGCGACGGCGAUUGAAUGAUAAGUGAUAGAGCACUCAAUAAUAUUAAAAUUGAAGAUGAGAUGGAUAAUGGUGGGAGAUGGAAAACAGGAGAGGGGUUGUAUGUACAAAGAAACAAUGUGGGAAUGGUUUCAAUCAGAAAGGGUUACAUCAAGAGCUCUAACAUGAAUUAGAAGAAGAAGGAAAAAAUGACUGGUUGGAAUUCCAGUCAAAAUGGUCUUUUGAAAAGUCUUUUUUCCUCCGAACAACUUCGACACGAGGACGGACUGCCAGGACCACACGAAUCUCCUUCGAUUUAUCAAGAUCCAGGUUCAGGUACCAUUUUCCAGUUUUAAACUAAAAUACAGUCCGUACUGAGACGAGUUCCCUCAAAACGUCGGGUCAAGUUCUGCCUGGUGAGUACUAAACUGAACAUGAUUGGAAGGAAGAAAAACGCACGAAAUGUUCAGAUCUGGCGUGGGCGGAGCAAAACGAUCAGGGAUGGAUACGAGUGGAUCGGAGGGAUCUAUGAGUUAUUUUUGUCGGUUUUUACUGUUUCUUCAUGUCUUUUUCUGUUUUUUUUUUCAUUUUAAUUGUAUCUUAUUGCGUUUAAGCAUUUGUUUCACCAUUUAUUUGAAGGGAUAACAGAAUAACAGUCCAUUUUAGUCCAUUCAAGCGGCUCAAACUUUGAUACUUUUGAAAAGGGUUUUUACUUCCUAUUAAUCUCUGUAAAUCUCAGUUGCAUGUAGAGAUAUCAAAAAGUGGUCAACUGACAAAAUGUACAAAAUGUCUUUGUGAACAAUUUAUCAGUGGACAACGUUUUGAUGUCUCUACCGACAGCGGAGAUAUUUCAAUUUGUGAUGAAAUUUUCCAGAAAACUUGGUACACGACCUCUACAAUUUGCUUUUCGAAGAUCCGCAACUUCGACAAAAAAUCGUGAGCCAGCAAGGUUGUCUGGACAUUUUGCACAAAGAGUUUUGGCGCCAAAAGCUCGGAAAAUCGGAACAAGGUACCGUUUGUUUGCUCAUUCAUCGUUUGCGUGCGGGCAGAAACGCGGACCGUAAAUUUUAUGGUUUUCGGUCAUUUAUGGGGUGUAAAAUGAGGAUAUCCGUUUCAUUCCACUAUCAAACUUUGACAGUUUCUGAUCCUGCACUACCACAGGUUUCUAACAUUAUCAAACCCAUUCGUCUGGCGCGCUGUAAACUUUACAAUGUCAAACUGUUAUCAGCCAAAUUUUAUGACAGCUUUGUACGCGCCGCAAGCUCUCAAAAUGUGUUCCAAACUUUUCGAAAUGAAACAUUCCAACAAUUUUCUGGAAAAUCUGCUCAAGAAAUCCUGGCAAAAUGUGCAGUUUACCGUUACGAGAAAGUCACGAAUAAACAGAAAAAUGUGCCAGCUGACUGCCAGUCAUGUCGAAACUUUGAACCUUUUGAACGUUCCCAUUCAUCAAUUCAUCACUACGACUGAUCGUAAACUUUACGAUGCCAAACUGUGCUGAUCAGUUCUCAUUUUCACCGACUUUACCGUUUCUCUUUCAUCUCAAAAACUAUGCGGUACUCCGCCGACUUUAAUAUGCUGGACAUCUCCCACUGUCGCUUUUCAGGCCUAGGACAACUUUUCAUUUUACACCCGUUUCAAACAGUUCUCAUGAGAUACAAUGUUCAGAAUAAUUAUUAUCUUCAGCUUGAGUUGGUGAUUCCGUCCGUUUUCGUUUUUUUUUUUUUAGAUAAGAUGACUCCAUGUUUUUUUUUUUGGAGAAAGGUCAGGAACGUUUGUUUGCUCUGUUUGCCUACUGCUUGACACAAAAGUGACCAUUCCUAUCACUUUUACACUUUUCUUUUUACACUUUUUUGCACAGCUCCGACCAACUUUAUUUCGUUCAUUGUACCUUCCUUUUUCUUCGCCUUGUUGCCAGCUGCUAUUUCUCAAAAACAAUAUAUCGAAUUCUGGGUCUUUGUUCUUGAAUAUUCGACAGUUUUGACACGUUCUCUUCGUUUCCGGCAGAGUUGAGCGGAUUUCCGUUUUCCGUCUUCCGAAAUUUGUUCUUCUUACCGUAAAAGAGUAAUAGCUUUUCAGAAGCCAUUUACUAGCCCCGAAGAACGCGAAUUUCCACGGGCAGUGACCCAGAUCUCAAAUUUUUGUUGCUUUAGUUAUUUUUUUCAAAAAAAAAAACCGGAAAAAAAGGUUCUGCAUUGACAAUUUUUUUGUUCCGUCUUCCGUCUUCCGUCUUCCGUCUUCCGUUUUCCGUGUUCCGUAAAAAACAUUUUCUUCCGUCUGCCGUCUGCCGUCUUCCGGAUUUCAAAAUUCCAUUUCCGCUCAACUCUGGUUUCAUGUCACUUCUUCGUUGCUACCACAAUAUAGACUUGCUGGCUGGUGGCUGUGCACGAAUUCCGCACAUUUUGGACUCGAAACGUUUUUUUUUUAAUUGAGAAAGAAUUCAAAAAGUUUGUGCUCGAAUUUCAACGAUUUAUCGAUGGGUUUCGAUAGGUUUCUAGGAAAAAACGAUUGACGAGAGCACGGUCGACACGUCUUUUGCAACAGUCCCAACGUGUUCCGGUAUUCUUUGAAACGAUACGGGAUUUGCGAGACUAUUUUGUGGUUGAUUGCGUGAAACAGUGGCACGUAGUGAUUGAUGUCCGAAAUGACGGAAGGGAGCAGGACGCGGACGAUCGACGGAAUCUGAAGUUGGGAGAAUCGGCGGGUGUCAUAAAUUACAAGUGUGCUCACGUUCGGACAGAUUCCGUUGGACAGCUGGUCGAGUGUGAGACUUGCCGCGAAAAGAGAGCAAGCAGUUCCUGCCGGAUCACCGUGUUCGAUUCGGUUUGCCGCGCUUCCGGCCUCGAAUUGAUUGCCACUUUUAUUUUUAUUAUUUAUUUAUUUACGUUUAUUUUUAACGUGGAGAAGAGAGAGAGAGAGAGAGGCCUUUGACCACGGGCCACAAGGAGCGAGGGCUCGAGUUCUUCGGCCACUUCUUGAGCACAAAAAUCGUGCACCGCAGCGGAUGCCUGUCGCCCCAAAUUUCGUUAAUUCAAAUUUCAUCGCCUAUUACACUUGUUUUACACUAGAACUGUUGAAAAAGAAAAGGUUCAACAUUCGAAUCGAAGUUGGCAGCGAGCCAAGGACACGCCCCCCAAACAGCGUUCGGCAGUUGAAGCGACAACUGUUUGGGGGGCGUGUCCUUGGCUCGCUGCCAACUCCGAUUCGAAUGUCGAACCUUUUCUUUUUCAACAGUAGUAUUUUUAGUACAUCCGUAGUAAUGUCCAAGUAAUUCUUGCACAACAGGCAGCUGGCAGCACCUCUUCUCAUUCGAAAAUCGGGGGGUCGCUGCCGGUUCCGCAGUUAUCAUUCAUUCAGAAAUGGACCGACAUGUGGGUCUGUCGCGACACUACUGAAAACGCUUAUUUUGUGAUCUUCUUUCUCUAUUACCCAACUUUUGUUUUGCAGAAAAUCAACCGAUUAUGUCGGCGCACUCUUUCGCUCAAAACGGACUAGAGUUCCAGGCUCAACGAUUCGCAAUGCAACGAAAUGGUGAGUGAACACUUCUUUUUUUUCGUUUUCGUUUCCAAAAAGUCAAUUUUCGCAAUUUCAGAAGCCCCAGUGAUGAAUCACCAUGCUAUGGGAGGCUUUGGAAACGGCAGAGUUCCGCUUCUGCAAACUUGGGCUCAAGUUCCGGCUACUCAAAAUGCUCAUCCGGUGCACGGUCAUCAACAGGCUCAGGCGUAUCAAGCUCAGGCCCUUCAGGCCCAAUAUCAAGCUCGUCAUGCUCAGGCUCAGGCCUAUCAAGCCCAAAAUAAGGCUCGUCAAGCCUGUCCGGUCCCAGCUCAGGCUCGUCAUGCUCAAGCUCAACAUCAGGCGCAUCAAUUUCAGACCUAUCAAGCCCAAGCUCAAUUUGCUCAGGCUCAGGCCCAUCCGGCCCAAGCUCUUCAGGCUCAGGCCGUUCAAGUCCCAGUCCACCACCACCAAGGUACGUCCAAACUUUCAGCUCUUCCGUGUCUAAUCUACAAUUUUCAGCACAAUUCAAUGUUCCGGGGAACCUUAACCGACAAACAAUGAUGGGAACUUCUGGAGACGUGCGAAGAUUUGAGGAAGCACUGAUACACACUGAACAACGUAAGAGAUGCGGUUUGGGUAAAUGAAAAUAGUGUGAAAUUUGAAUUUCAGCGCCGGCAAUUGAUAUAAAUGGGGAUUUUAUAAGUUAUGGAGGUGAGUAUUUAAAAGAAAUGAAAAGUUCUGUUUCACAAAAGUGACAAAGUCAAUUUUGUGAAACUUGAAGUUAACAUUUCAGCACCGAUGGGUCAACCGAUUCAAAAUUGUACGGCGCCUCAACAACAUCAGCCUCAAAGCAUACAAAUGCAAGGUGAGUUUAUAGUUUUUGGCAAAACAGACGGAUAACGGACUAAAAACCUAAAAACUGAAGACCUUCGCACUUUCCAAGAACUUUCAACGUUUCCGGAAUUGUUCCAUUGAGAACUAUUCCAUUUUUACCCGAAUAGCUGUCCAAUUAGGCGCUUAUUAAUCCUAACGGUUUUCUUUUGAGCUCCACUGCUUUACACGUGAAUUCAGUGCUCACUUGAUGAAUAACGAGUUGUUUUCCACGUGGAGACAGAAUUCGCCAGUGCUGUACUACAUUUCAGUUUCAAUUAGGUCUUAAUCAUUUCUUAACUUCGUCUUUUAUCAGUUCGGCAAAAAAAGAUGGUUUCUUCUCACCCUUAUCACUUUUUGCAUCCUGAACCCCUUCUUCAAAAUCUGCCUGCUCAAAGUAAGCGUUUUUUUUGAAGAUCCUUAACGUUUCUGUGUCUGAACUCUUAUAAAACGGAGCAGACAGUGUGGCUAUUGUAAAUGUCUAAAUUUCCAGAUCCGCAGCCAAUCGAUCAAAUGUGGCCGAUUGCUCCCAACAGUAAGUUCAACGCGACUCCAUUCAAGUCGACAAUAUUAUUAUCGUUCAGUAUAUCACCACCCUCAACUCGGACCGUUUCUCAUUUUUCCGAAUUCUCCACAUCUUCAUGCUCCGUUCCUUCGUAGGUUUCGUCCUCUUGUUUCACGCAUAAAUAACGAUUUUUCAGGUGAAUACUGCAAAAAACUCGCCGAAGAGCCGGAUUUCUACAAGAAUGAACUGGAUAACGCUUGGAUUGAUUAUCUGAAGACAAAGUGGUCGACGUGGCAGGAAAUGAUGAAGGGCUGGGAGGUCAGGGAGAAGGAGAAGGAGGAGAAGGAGAAGAAGAAGGUGGAAGUAGAAGAGAAAGGACCGCCCGAGCAGGAAGAAGCUAGAGAUCCAGAACUCGUGACGCCUUUGGAUUUUGCAAAAGUCUCACUUCAAGAGCUGUCCAAGGAUCCGUCCAAAGAUUCGCAUCAAAAGUUCAAUCCUGAAGAUGCGCAGUGUAAACUUGAUUUGGCUGCUGUACUCGCUAAGGAACUCGCUGCUCUGGUCCCGAAGAAAAAGGAAAGCGAGUCUAUGGAAAGAGCUAAAGUGACAAAGGAAAUUGAAGAGAAAGAGAAUGUCGAGGGUCCAGAGCCGAUGGUAAUGGAUCAGCCGGAACAACGCAAGUGUAUCGCCAAAAAAACCGGCCACAUCGAGACGAGUACAAGUUUGGAUGAGUGGGCUCUGUUAUACGCGGCACAACAUCAUUACCGUACCGAUAAACUGUGCCGCCGACGCAUUUUCAGUGAGCCCCCCCGAGACUUUGAUAAUAUUCCAAAGCUUCUCUGGCUUUCAGGAAGAUCCAAAUGUCUGUUCAGUCCGCGAGACAACAACCAGAGAGUGCCACAAGUGAUAUUGUCGGUUCCCGCCAAUUCGUUCGUCAUUUUCAAGCGAUGGUACGCCAGAGAAGAGAAAUCAGCCACAGAGGACGUUUGUGAGUGCUCAAAGACUUUCAACUAUUGUCUGAUUUCACGUUUUCAGUGACCGCUUGGAGAAAAGCGGAUAAAAAUGAUUGGGACCAAGUGCUUGUGCUGAUUAGGGAAGAGCAAGCUCGACAAAUUGAGAAAGGAUGGAUUAGGAUCAAUGAGGAUGUUCUCGAAGAUUAA